AUGCUUCAGUCAGUGGAAACCCGUCAGUUUUCAGCUCGCAGGAGUCCACGAGGGAGGAUUUUAAUUAUCUGUCAUAUUAUAUACCAGAGCCCAGCAGAAGCGGUCAGACUGCUCAGAUCCUGCAGAGUCCGGAGAAGCAUCUUCAGAGGCCGCUAAUGCGUAAAGAGAGGAGGUCAGCCAGAGAGAGACAUAAUGAGUGACCGGUUCGACUGCAAAAACUGCAACGAGUCCCUGUGCGGACGCAAAUACAUCCAGGUGGAGGAACAGCCUCACUGCAUCCCUUGCUACGACCGCCUGUACGCCAAGACCUGCCAGGAAUGUAAAGAAAUCAUCGGUCAUAAUGACAAGGAGCUCUUCUAUGAGGAUAGACAUUACCACGAGAACUGUUUUCGCUGUUUCCGCUGCGACCGAUCUCUGGCCGACGAGCCCUUCACCAGCCAGGCCAACGCGCUGGUGUGCAGCGACUGCUACUGCAACGAGUUUUCCUCCAAGUGCGUGGCCUGCGACAAGAUAGUCAUGCCAGGAUCGAAGAUGUUGGAGUACGGCGGCUCCUCGUGGCACGAGGACUGUUUCGUGUGUCACGGCUGUGAGAAGCCGAUCGGUGCUGAAGCCUUCAUCCCCGACAAAAACAACUACUACUGUGUGCCGUGCUACGAGGGCAGGUUUGCUCCUCAGUGCAGCCACUGCAAAAAGGCUCUGACUAAAGGAGGGGUGACCUACAAGGACGAGGUGUGGCACAAGGAGUGUUUUCUCUGCACCGGCUGCAAAGCUCCUCUGGCCGGCCAACCCUUCACCUCGCAGGGAGAAAGUCCGUACUGUGUCAAGUGUUUCAGCAGCCUGUAUGCCAAAAAGUGUGCCGGCUGCAACACGGCCAUCACAGGGUUUGGAGAUGGGAAGUAUGUUUCUUUUGAGGACCGGCAGUGGCACCAGCCGUGCUUUAAGUGUUCGCGCUGCUCCGUGUCGCUGGUGGGCUCCGGGUUCUUCCCCGACCGCGACCAGAUUCUGUGUACAGACUGCAACAACGACGACUGACUACCGCUACACUACACCUGCAGCACUGCUGACACCAGCAGAGAAACUUCUAAAACCUCAGCCUUGCACAUGAACACUGCAAUAUUAUUAAUUCACUCACAGUGUAAAGCUGAUACAAAGCUCAGUAUUUACAACUCUCAUCAGCUUUCAGCACAUUGAAAUGUAUGUAAAAAUUCUGCAGAAAUGUCCUGUGAUGUAUGUGUACGACUGUUUUUCUUUAUUUUAUAUGUUUUGCACAUCAAAGACUAAAUAAGAUAUUAAAAAAAAGAUACAUUUUACUUAAACUGUUUAUUCGUAAAAAGGUGGAAAUGCACCAUUUUAUAAUGUUUUUUUCUUGACUGCUAGAUAGAACCAAAAAUUUGAAUGUUAUGACCUUUGCUUGGCAAACAUUUCUUCUUUUUAAAUAUUCAAAUUUAUAAAAGCUGUCCGUCAUCGUCUUCCACUGCUUAGUGUAUGUAAACAUAUUUGCUGAAAAUGAACAGUUUAUACUUAUAUUUUGUUGUCUUUUCAGCUUAAAAACAAUCUUUACUGGUGUACAUGCAAUAAAAAAAGUCAUAA